UCCGUCAUUUCUGUUUCGCACUCGCUCGAGUCGCUCCCUCUCCCGUCCGUCCGUACGUUUUUCAUUCCGUGCGUGCGUGCGUGAGUGCGUGAGUGUGUGUGUGUGUACCUACGAGACUUGCGUCGUUCCGUUACCCGUGUACGAUCCUGUAGAGAAGCCAUUUUGUUCCGUGCUCCAAAACACUUCUCGUCGUUUCGGGUAUUUUUUACGGAUUCAUCUCGCCUACAGCCCGUUCCGCCGUCCCAACGAAUCGGUUUCUCUGUGUUCGUACGUCGAACAACGUCAUGGCUUGCGCCACGCUGAAACGGUCGUUGGAUUUCGAACCCCCUAUGUGCAGACCGACGAAGAGACAAAGAUGCACGCCUAUGAGCAUAUCGCCUUCGAGCUCUCCCCCAAACAGCUCCAGAUCCGAAUAUGUCUCGCCCCAUUUUGGUGGUGAUGGCGUACCUAAAAUCACAGCAGAAAUGUUGUCUGCUAGUUUAACUGAAGAAGUUCAAAGGAUGCGUCGCAAGCGUCAGCUUAACAUGGAAUUAUCAGAGAAUCGUAAUUUGGAUGACAGUUCUUCAGAUAGUUCAUCUGAGAAUACAUUUCCAUCAUCAGCCAAAGACAAACCGCUCUUCACUUUUCGCCAAGUAGGAAUGAUCUGUGAACGUAUGUUAAAUGAACGUGAAAGUCAAUUACGUGAAGAAUAUGACAAGAUUUUAAACAUGAAAUUAUCUGAACAGUAUGAAGCUUUUGUUAAGUUCUCCAAUGAUCAAUUGCACAGACGUUUUGAAGCAGCUGAGGAUCCAAGCUAUUUGUCUUAACUCUACAACAACUCCAAGCGAUGGUUUUGAAAUUACAAUAAAAUUUUAGACGCACUUAAUAGACAAAAUAAUUAUUCAGCCUUAAGUCAACAAUCGACUGACUAACAAUGUUUUUUUAUGUAUUAUACAUUUUUGUAAACUCGAUAUUAUUAAAUUAAUUUAAAAUAUAUGAAUUUCAUGAUAAUAGUAAAAAAGUAAUAAUUAAUUUAAGUAAUCAUUAAGCUAAGAUUGUUUUGUUUGUUUUAUUCAUUUUUAUAUUGCGUAACUAAAAAUGUUGGAUAUUGGCUCAAAAUCAUGUUAAAACUGGCUUAAGAUAUCUCCUUAUUCUAUUUAAAUAAUAAUAAAAAAAAUAUAUAUAUACACAAUUUUGUAACAUAUUUUCAGUUAAAUUAUAAAAAUUAAAAAUUGUAAUGAUUUAUUUAUGUGAACAAAUAUUUUUUUUCUCAAACUCAGUUAAAAUUUCUUUUAGUGGCUUAACACUACUUAUUAUUAGAGCUUGCCAUUCUGAUUUGUACGACUGAAUUUGAUGACAUUUUAUAUAUAUAUAUAUAUUUCAAAGGUUCCCAAAUUUUAUAAGAAUAAAAAUUUUGAUUACGCCACUUCCAAAGUACUAAUGUUUAAGUUAUUUUAAAGCGAGUUGUUUGAGCAAGAUUAAAGAGACAGUUCACUUUACACUGUAGCUUGUUCAUUCAAAAGGAUCUCGCACUUAAUAAUAAUAAUUAUUAAACAUAUAUAUAUAU